UUUUUUUGUCUUAUCUUUUCGUGCUUAGCUACAGUAGUCAAACUCGACUGUGUUGAGGUGAAGAUUGGAAUCAGACCGGGGUACGCGACUUCACUUAAGAGACUGAGCCCACGAGAAGAGUGAACCAGCGGUUAACCAUCACAAAUCCAACAUGGCGGACGUGAAAUCAAAGAAGAAGAAGAAAGACGAACCUCCGGUUGACAAUGAUUUGGUGCAGAAGUAUGCGAGAGGAGAAAAGGCCCGGACAAAAGGAAUAAAAGACAAGAAGCUGAAGGGAAUACUAAAGAGCUAUGAGAGUCAUUACAAAAAGGCUGCAGUACAAGCUGCUAGGGCUGAGCUACUACUUACAGAAGAGCCAGGAUGUCUGCAAGCGGAAGGGAUGGAAAAAACAUAUAGCUUCAAACAACAUGAUAUUGCUGACGCUGUGGAUGUAGCCAGUGCACAAAAAUAUUUUGAAUUAAAGCUGGAUAAGUUUGGACCAUAUUCAAUCAAUUACACAAGAAAUGGAAGGUUUAUGUUAAUGGGAGGACAGAAAGGACAUAUUGCUUCAAUUGACUGGCAGAACAAAAGACUGGGAUGUGAAGUACAUGUGAGAGAAACUGUUAGAGAUGUGACGUGGCUGCAUAUUGAAACAAUGUUUGCUGUUGCCCAGAAAAAAGCAGUUUAUAUUUAUGAUAAUAAUGGUAUUGAGCUGCACUGCUUGAAGAGACAUGCUUAUGUUAACCACAUGGAGUUUCUGCCACAUCAUUUUCUUCUGUCUACUGUGGGGAAUUACGGAGUCCUGAGGUAUCAAGACACUUCAACUGGCAAAUUAGUGUCAGAACACAGAACACGACAGGGUAGAUGUGACACCAUGACACAAAAUCCCUGGAACGCGAUCAUUCAUCUUGGACAUCAUAAUGGAACUGUAACACUUUGGAGUCCAAAAGUCAACCAGCCAUUAGUGAAGAUGCUUUGCCACAAGGGACCUGUACAAGCAAUUGCUAUUGACAGCAGAGGAUUAUACAUGGCUACAACAGGAUUAGAUGGCCGCAUGAAGAUGUGGGAUGUCAGGACUUACAAACAACUGCACAAUUAUUUCACAUAUACACCAGCUAGUACCUUAUCUAUCAGUCAGCGCGGUCUGUUAGCUGUGGGUUAUGGCCCCCAUGUACAGGUGUGGCAAAACCCUUUUCUAGAGAAACAGAAAAUGCCCUACAUGACCCAUYUARUCCCAUCAUGCACUGUACAUGAUCUACAGUUCUGUCCAUACGAAGAUGUUCUGGGUAUUGGCCAUUCACAGGGCAUCAGCAGUAUAUUAAUACCUGGUGCUGGAGAACCUAACUAUGAUGCGCUAGAAGCAAACCCAUAUCAGAACAAGAAACAACGACAAGAAUCUGAAGUCAAAGCACUUCUYGAUAAAAUUCAACCAGAGCUUAUAUCAUUGAACCCAAUGGAUAUUAAUAAAGUACGAAAGAAAAAGAAAACCGCAUUAGAUGAUGACGAGGAUGAUGACGACGAUGAUAAUGAAAAGGAUGAAGAUGAUGGAAAAUUUGAACCUAAAUACAAGAAGAAAGGUAGAAGUUCAUCUGCAAAAAGGCAUUUAAGAAAGAAGGGUCACACAGAGGAAGAGAAAAGGUUACAACUUAGGAAAAAGAAAGUAGAAGAGAGAAAGAAACAGAGAGCAGACAAGACAGAAUCUAUAAGAAACAGCACAUCAGCUUUAGAGAGAUUUGCUAAGACACCCAGCACUUAAAUCCUUAUCCCCUCACUCCAUUAUUACAUUAAUGAAUUAUAAGAUAAUACUUUAACUUAGAA